AUGGAUCGAGGUUAUGUCGACAACAAAGAGGUUCAAAAUUUAAACUAUGAAUGGAAAUCAGAUUCGGAGGAUUUUCAUUUCGGGGCUCUUCUUUCAGACGAAUUCUCAUCGGGGGUGGUUCCAAAUAAAAACACUUGGCAGUUAAAUUUGCAUUUAAACAACCAUGAAUCUUCUGAAAGCAACAAAUGGAUGUCGUUGUUCUUAAAACUAACAGUUCCUGUUAUACGAAAACUGGUACUAGAAACGGUGAAGCGAAAUUUAUCAAAAAAAAAUAAAUUAUGGGACCAAAAAGAUGAAUUAUUGAUAAAUGAUAUUUUAACUGUAGGACUUCAGGUUCUGGUCUACGACAUUUCUGUCACACUUCCUAGUUUGCCUCCCAAAAUUGAAAAGAACCAGCUAGCCAAUGAUAUUCAAAAACUGUAUUGUAUUGGAGAAGGCUCUGACAUUGUGAUAAAAGUCGAAGGAAGAGAAUUUAAAGCACAUAAAGUUUUGCUGCUUGCUAGAAGUUCUGUGUUUUCAGUAAUGCUUGCCCAGGACAACACAUUUAGACAAACAAGUGAAAUUUUAGUCCCAAAUGUCAAAGCUGAUAUUUUUGAAAAAUUGCUGGAGUUUAUUUAUACAGACCAGGUGAGGGAGCUGGAUGAAUUUGCUGAGAAUUUGCUUGAAGUUGCUCAGAAAUUUCAGGUAAAAGAGCUCAAGCAUAUUUGUGAAGUAUCACUUAGCCAAUUUUUGUCUGCCGAGAAUGCUUUGAGGACCUUGACUCUGGCUAAGCGUAGAAAUUCUCAAAAAUUGGCCGAUUAUGUCAUCAAUUUUAUUACUGUCAAUGCUACUGAGGUGUUCAAUUCAAAUGAGUACAAGCAAUGGGAGAAAGAAAAAUUGAAUCCAGGGCUGUUUAUAUUUCAAAAUUCAAUUUCGAAAGAUAAACAAUCUUCAAAAGCAGAAGCCAAGGAAAAAACAUCCAGACUUGAGUAA